AGGCUGUGUCCAUUACCUGCAGGGGCUCAGGUGGAAAGACUUAAAGCCAUAGCUGGAAUCUAUGGACGUCACUAGGAUUCUGUGACCUUUGCGGGAGAAUGUUUCCAGUGUUCUGUGUAACCCAGCUAUUGCUACUAGCAACGAGUAGCCGUGGAGAAGAGGAAUUCCAGUGGACACAAAGUGAACGUGGAUCAUUUUAUUAUGGCACAUUCCCGUCCAGUUUUACAUGGGGUGUGGGCAGCUCUGCGUACCAAACAGAGGGUGCAUGGGAUAAGGAUGGAAAGGGGCAAAGUAUCUGGGAUGUGUUCACACACAAGAAUGGAAGAGUAUUUAUGAAUCAGACUGCAGAUUCCUCAUGUGAUGGCUAUUACAAAGUCAAGGAGGACAUAGAUUUGCUGAAGCAGUUGAACGUUUCACAUUAUCGUCUUUCUAUCUCUUGGCCUCGUUUAAUUCCGACAGGUAUUAAAGCUGAAAACAUUAAUGAGAAAGGAAUAAAAUACUACAAUGAUUUAAUUAAUGUCCUGUUUGAAAAUAAGAUUUCCCCAGUAGUGACCUUAUAUCACUGGGACUUGCCACAGACCCUGCAGGAUAAGUUCGGAGGCUGGCAGAACAUCAGUAUGGUUGCAUACUUUAAUGAUUACGCCAACCUGUGCUUUGAGAGAUUUGGAGACCGGGUGAAGUACUGGAUCACAUUCAGCAAUCCCUGGUCAGUGGCUGUUGAAGGGUAUGAGACAGGCGAACACGCUCCUGGCCUGAAGCUAAGAGGGACUGGAGCAUAUAAGGCUGCUCAUCACAUUAUUAAGGCACAUGCCAGAGCGUGGCACAGUUACAGCAAACACUGGCGCAACAGGCAGAAAGGAAUGGUGGGAAUCUCACUGACUACUGAGUGGGGGGAACCCGUGGACAUCUCCAGUCAGAAGGACAUUGAGGCUGCAGAGAGAUUUGUCCAGUUUAAUUUUGGAUGGUUUGCUAAUCCCCUCUACAAUGGAGACUACCCGCAGAUAAUGAAAGAAUAUAUAGGUCAGAAAAGUGCUCAGCAAGGUCUGGGCAUGUCCAGACUUCCUACCUUCACGUCUCAGGAGAAGGGUUACAUUAAAGGCACAAGUGACUUUCUUGGAGUCGGCCACUUCACCACAAGAUACAUCACAACCAGGAACUUCCCAUAUACUCAGGGUCCAAGUUACUUCACUGACCGAGACCUGAGAGAGCUGGUGGAUCCCAAGUGGCCUGAGCCGGAAUCUAAGUGGCUGUACUCUGUCCCCUGGGGCUUCCGGAGGCUGCUUAAUUUUGUGAAGACCCAGUAUGGAAAUCCACUGGUGUUAGUAACAGAAAAUGGGGUGUCUGAGAAGAUGCAAUGUGCCCAGCUAUGUGACGAAUGGAGGAUACAGUACCUCAGAGGUUACAUCAAUGAGAUGCUAAAAGCGAUAAAAGAUGGCGUUCACAUCCAGGGAUACACUGCCUGGUCAUUGAUGGAUAAGUUUGAGUGGGAUGAAGGCUUCUCAGAACGAUUUGGACUCUACUAUGUUGAAUUCCAAAACAAACACAAACCUCGAUACCCAAAGGCAUCUGUCCAGUUCUACAAAAAGAUCAUCAAAGCCAAUGGCUUUCCUAAUGUCCGUGAGGUGGAAAACUGGCAUCGCAUAUCUACAGAGACCUGCUCUACCACCAACCAGCUACUGGCUGCAGACCCACUGACCAGGCACAUGGAAAUGGUGACAGAGAUUGUGGUGCCUACGGUCUGCACACUGUGUAUUCUAAUCGGUGCUGUGCUCCUGAUGAUCCUCCUGCGCAAACAGAGCUAGAAAAUGGUCUGCGAAACACCGAUAAUGUACCACCUGACAGGUGCCGCCACCUCCGCCCAGAACAAAGACUUUCAUUGAAGACUUGUGUGAUCUCUCCUCUUCUGUUUUCUGUUAAAGAAAGGACAUGCUGUGCUAGGAGUAUUCCCACUACAUGGUGUUUAUAGAGGACUGUGGGUAAACAUAUUUGAUUGCAAUUUUGACAUACUGAAAUAUUGUGCGAUAACCAAUGCUAUAAUAAUCUAGAGGGCCAGAAAAAAAAGGUACAAUACUAUAUAGAGAUCUCAUAUAAGGGAACCCACACCACCACUGUUCAUUGUACGGCAUCAUGACGUUUUUUAUUAGGGUAUAAAAUCAGUAUACACCAUUGUUAUUCCCCAGCGAGGGCUGCCACAGUUGUGUCAGCAAGCUACACAGUAGCACUAAUAAAAACAUGCUGCGCAUACAAA